GAGAGCGGGGACCGGACAGGGGAGUGCGGCUUGGGCUGCAGAUGUCAUGUGGCCUGUGCUUUGGACCGUGGUACGUACCUAUGCUCCCUACGUCACAUUUCCUGUGGCCUUUGUGGUCGGGGCUGUGGGCUACCACCUGGAAUGGUUCAUCAGGGGAAAAGAUCCCCAGCCUGUGGAGGAGGAAAAGAGCAUCUCAGAGCGUCGGGAGGAUCGCAAACUGGAUGAGCUGCUAGGCAAGGACCACACCCAGGUGGUGAGCCUUAAGGACAAACUAGAAUUUGCCCCCAAAGCUGUUCUGAACAGAAACCGCCCAGAGAAGAAUUAAUGGAAGACGCAGAGCCCUGUGGUCCUACUGUGUGCCAUGUCUGGUCCUGCCACCAUGUCAACCCAGCCCUGGAACCCACCUCUGAUU